AUGGGCUGCGGGCUGCUGGCCUCUGCCCUGGCCCUGUUGACCUUGCUGCCGUCCACCCCCAGGAGCUGCUCAGACGGAGGGAAGACCUCGACCUCAACCCUGAGGGCCCGGGAGCCAGCCAGGGGCCUUCCUGGCCACCAGGAAAGGAACCCCCAGGAAGCUCCCUUUGAAAUCACCAGCUGUUGGAGCAGUGGUGGCCCUGGUCCCCAUUGUCACCUGACGUGUGUGGUUGGGGAAGCGGAUGGCACCACCCAGCACUCCUGUCCUACGGGCCCCUGCAGCCUGAAGCUGGCGGCCCCCUCCUGUGCUGUGGUACCGCCACUCUCUGCAGGGGACGAGGCCCCUGAGUGGCUUCCAAGAAUGGAUGUCACCUCAGCCACUGUCCCCACGGGGACCCCUAUCACGAUGGCCAUGCAUGCUCAGACCAGCACUCCAAUGUCACAGUUGACCAUCUUGCCCAGAAGCCCCCACAGCCCUCCUCUGAGACCGCUCCACACCCGUGACCCCGUCACCUCCCAUCCUGGGGACAAGCAGCUCCAGCCCUGUGCUCAGUGUCACCCCGGACCCUUGCUGGCCCCAGACCCCGAGGGCAUGGCCAGUCCUGUCAUCCACCACGUACCACAGGCUCCGCUGAGUCUGGGGAUCCGGAUUCAAACGGCGCCCGAAGCAGCUCUCUGUCUAGUGAUGGAUUUCGGGGACGGCUCAGGGGUUCAGAUGAGGGUCCACCGCACACCUGGGGAAGUGGCUGUCACCGCCUACCACCAGUACAGGACAGGAGGCGCCUACGCGAUGGAAGCGGCUGUUUACACCGAGUCCCCUGGAGCUGCCCUGCGGCUCGGGCCUUACUUCCUGGCAAUGGGCCCUGAAGGUGCAGCCGUGACCAUGAACGCCAGCAGCGUCCACCGGGGCCAAGUCCUUGCCUUCAGCAGCUCCCCUGAGGGUCUGAGAAGUUCCGUUGUCAGGCAUCGACUGUCCCCCACGUCCUCCUGCGGCGUGUCCUUCAGCUCUCAGGCUUUCGGGGGCGGCGGGCCGGUCUGGGCCCACGUGGCCGUCCGGUACCAGAUGCAGUCUGUCUCCAUCUACACGAACGGAACUGUGUUUGCCACGGACGCUGAUGUCACUUUUGUGGCUGUUACCGAGGAAACGACGCCGCUGGAGUUCACGUGGCUCUUUGGAGACGCUGCGCCAGUGAGGACGACCCGCAGGAGCAUCAGCAGGAGGCUCGGCGUCCCCCGGGGGUACCGUGUGGUGGUCCAGGCUUCCAAUGGGCUGAGCAGUGUGGCCUCGGAGCCCCACCAUGUCCGGGCACAGAGGAGAGUCAUCGCCAACAGGCUGGUGUCUGCCUCCUGGGCUCUGGUGGGUGACGUUGUGGCCUUUGAGUGCAGACUCAGCUUCGGCACCAAUGUGUCUUACCGCUGGGACUUUGGGGACGGCACCGGUGGCCUGGGGAACAGCUCUGCCAGUCACGUCUAUAGCAGGGAAGGAGAGGUUGCGGUCCGGGUCCUGGCCUUCAACGCUGUCAGCGCCUCCUCCCUCACGAAGCGCCUUUUCGUCGUGCGCCAGCCCUGCCAGCCACCACCAGUGCACAGCCCGGUGCCAGGGAAGGUGCAGGUGUGGAGGUCUCAGCCUGUGACGCUGGGGGUCACCUUUGAAACCGCUGUGCUCUGCGACAUCGCCCAGGGCCUCUCCUAUACUUGGACCUUCACGAACUCUACCGGGUGGCGGGUGCCCCUGCCGCCUGCAGUCCACACCCACGGGCGGACCCUCACCGUGCCCAGCUACUCUCUGGAGCCCGGGAACUACACUGCACUGGCCAAGGUGCAGGUGGAAGGCAGCACCGUGCACAGUAACUACUGCGUGGAGGUGGAGGUGCGAUCCCGGGCGCCCGUCAGUGUGAUCUCUGAGGGCACACACCUGUUCGUCCCCAGGACCCCCUCGUCCACCGUCGUCCUCCGGGGAUCCCUGUCCUAUGACCCGGACUGGCCUGGGGCUGCCCUCAGGUACCACUGGACGUGCUCGCCAGCCAGCACCCCCGAGCGCCCCUGCUUCUCCGGGCCUGCUGCCCACAGCCUGGACACCGGGGCGCCCGCCCUGCCCUUCGAGGCAGGCUCUCUCAGCAGCAGCUACGACCAGUUCCUCGUGACGCUGACGGUGUCCAGCCACGGCCGGAGCUCGUCGGCGGCGCAGGUGUUCCUGUCCACGCUCGCUGACUCAGGGCUCAGACUGGUGUCCAUCUCCUGGGUCACCUUCCGUGGCGUCCCCGUGAACUGGAAUGAGGAGCUCUCGCUGCACGCAGCCUGUGAAGACUGCAGCGAGGCCACCACGCUCUCUUACUCCUGGGACCUCUUCCGGGUCAACGCAACGGGGAGGGACAGAGAGGAAGUUCCCUUUUGCAGAACCGCGGGACUGCUGGGCUCCUCAGGUCUGGGGGCCAGACUGAAGUCAUCAGAGUCCUACCCACCAUCCCUGGGGCCAAGUAGGGCAGAGCUGCAUGUCACACCUGUGCCCUCCUUGCGGGAGCUGUGGCCACAGACCCCUGGCCAGCGGGACUUCUCAGCCCUGGACAGAGCCUCCGCAGAGUUCACAGACCCUGUGCACCCUGCCCCUGCUGCAGGGGAUGCUGUGGCCUCAGACAGGGGUCCCUGGGAUGUGUGGACCCCAGUGAACUCGACCCCUCCCCUGCCUGACUUUGAAGCCCAUUACAGUGACCUCCAGGAAGCAGUGCCAGCGGAAGGAAGGUGGCCGGCUGACUGGACCGACCUCCACCUUCCAGGGCCAGGACCGAGUGUGGGUGCCGACGAGAGCCACAGGGACGGGGACAACCUGCUGGGCCCCUCCCUCCCCACCCGGGGCACAGGGCCUGCACUCCUGGUCGACUGGCCCAAGUCCCCUGUGAGCCGGGCUGUCUUCCACAGCUACACGGAGUCUGGGGCCACAGGACAGACAGUGACAGUAAAGCCAUACUCGCUGAGCCCUGGAGCGACCUAUGUCCUGCAGGCCACUGUGGCUUCGGGGCUCAGCUUCCUAGGGAAGGCUCAGCUAUACUUGACCAUCAACCCAGCCCCUCGGAACGUGGCCUGCCAGGUGCAGCCACCCCGUGGCCUGGAGGCCCACACCGUCUUCAGUGUCUUCUGCACGUCCGGCAGACCGGACUUCCGCUAUGAGUUCAGCUACCUGGCUGGGAACGCAGCCAAGCGCGCCCUGUACCGUGGGACCGACGCCCAGUACUACUUCACGCUGCCUGCGGGGGCGCCCGGGGACGGUCACCAGGUCCUGGUGUCCACUCUGAUCACCGAUGGCAAAGGCUCUGAGGCGCAGCCGUGCGCCACAGCCGUGACAGUGCUGCCCCAUCACCACAAGGACCUCUGCCCCGGGGAGGACGUGUACAAUUCCAGCCUGAAGGACCUGUCCACCCUCCGGCUGAUGGGGAGCCCCGCGGGGGUCCGCAACUACAUCUCUGUGACCACCAGCAUGCUGAGUCGCUGGGCGAAGGGCGGGAGCCCCUCCUGUGGCCUGUGGCCACGCAUUCAGGACGCACUCAUUUCUGCAGCGUGCACCUCAGCUUCUCGAGACCAGGAGGAAAUGGCCGACUGGGUCCUGGUGCUGGGGGACCUCCUCCACUUCCCCAACAAGCUGAGCAUCGCCAGUGCCGAUCACAUCCUCAGAUAUGUGCGCUCGCUGCUGGCUCCCAGGCAGCCCCUCACCAGCUUCCUGGCAGAUGCAGGGCAGGUGCGGGAGCUUGUCCUUCUGGUGGCGGGGGUCCUGCAGGGCAUGGACCACAAGCCCUCACGGGGCCCAGCCCGUCUGCUCGAGGAAGGUGUGCGGGUCAUCUCAGACGCACUGCUGGGCUGCCUGUCAGCUGGCUGCGAGCACCAGCUUCACGUCAGCGCCGGGCAGAUGGAGUUCCACUCGCAGCUCCAUCGCCACGCAGAGAGCUCCACGCUGGGCCUGGGCCCAGUCCAGGUGCAGCUGCCCAUGGACCUGGCCACGCAGGAGACACAGAGCCCCUGCUACAUCAGCCAGCUCACGCUCUUCAGGGGGAGCCCCACCCCAUGGAGACGCGCACCUGGUCAGGUGGGUGUGGUGCUCGCCCUGUCCCUGCACCGCUGCUCCAGCAGGAGGCCCCUCCGCACACAGCAGCUGAGGACGCCCGUGACCGUGGAGUUCGGGGAGGAAGACAGCCCAGGCAGCGACGGAAACGAGACAGCAUUCGUGCUGCUUCAGGACAGAGUGAAUGUCCACCGCCUGGUGGGGCUCUCCGCAGACCCCCCAGAGUCCCUGCAGAUCCGGGUCGAGUUCUGGCAGCCAGCUGCCAGGGCCUUCCCGGUCAUGCUGCUGGUGAGGUUCUUGGAGAAGCCGACGCCGUCCCGCUUCCUGGUGAAACAGACAUACUCCUGGGAGGGGCUCACGGCGCACAUUUCUGUGCCGGCCACAUCGCUGCAGGGCCCCGCCCAGGGGUACCUGUCCUUGCUGGAUGCGGACUACGACAGGGACCCUGCGGACAAGCACCUGGCCAAGGCCGUGAGCUACACCCUGCGGGUCCAGGGCGUCCGCUGCCUGCGCUGGGAUGCAGGGCGGUGGGCGCCCGCGAGUCUCCCCCCACAACCAGGUGCUUCUCCGGGAAAAGUGAGCUGCAGCUACGACCACCCCGCCACUGCCUUCUCCAUGGCAAGGAGGGACCUGAAUGCCACCUUCGAGACAAGCGCCGUGUCGGAGCUGCGGGGGCACCCGGCAAACCCGCUUCCCGGCACCGUGGUGGCGGUUUGUGCGUUUCUCUACGCACUCCUGGUCAUGAAGGGCAAGCGCAUGGACCACCAUGAGAGGAGGAGGACUGGCUGCAUCCUCCCAGAACACGUCCUGCCCGGGCACCAGCUGUAUGCGGUUGUCGUGGACACAGGCUUCCGGGCUCCGGCCCACUUUACUGCAAAGGUUUACAUUGUCUUAUGUGGCGACGACGGACUCUCGGAGCCCAGAGAACUGUACUGCCCGGGGAAGCCCCUGUUCGAACGCAAUUCCAGGCACACCUUCGUCCUCAGCACCCCGGCUCCACUGGGCCCGCUCCGGAAGGUCCGCCUGUGGCACAACAGCCGAGGGGCUUCUCCCGCCUGGUACGUCAGCCACGUGAUGGUACAGGAGCUGCGUGCAGGAUGGGGGCUUGGACGCAGCUGGUUCUUCCCCGCCGAGUGCUGGCUGGCCGCUUGCCGGCAGGAUGGCCUCGUGGAGCGGGAGCUGGCCUGCCUGCGCGGGGGCCUCGGCUUCCGGAAGCUUCUAUACUCCAAGUUCACAGAGCUCCUGGAGGAUUUCCACGUGUGGGCCUCCGUGCACAGCCGGCCGGCCGGCAGGGGCCUCCUGCACACGCCGCGCCUCAGUGUGGCCUUUGCCCUGCUGUGCACCUACACCUGCCUCGCGGCCAUGGUCACCGCUGCAGGACACAAGCAGCUUCCGCCAGCAGCCAGCCCCACUGGUGUGCCCCUCGGGUUCUUCUGGACAGGCUUCCUGUGCACCCUCCUGGCAUCUCCAGGGGCUCAGCUCCUGUCCCUGCUCUUCAGGCUCAGCCAGGAAGCCUGCGGGCCCCACCGAGCACAGCCACACCCACCCCUAGGAGCAGCACCAACCACAGCACCUCCAGCCCCCGGCCGUGCAUUUGAAGGACUCGCCACAUCCCGGCAGCCCCGGGAGCCACCAGCAUGGCUGGGCUUGGCCGCGUGGGCCAUCUGUGGGGCGGUCUCCGUGGCCUGUGCCUUGGGAACAGGGUUUCUAGGGUACAGGUUCAGCCCCACACGGUGUGAGCAGUGGCUGGGCCUGCUGGCCGUCUCUGUGACCUGCUGUGUCUUCAUCACCCAGCCACUUAUGAUCGGCCUCGUGGCUCUGGGCUUUGCCUGGAAAAGGAGACGCGACGAGAAUUUUUUCACCGAGUCUUUACGAGAAGCCACCAAGGGCCUGGAAGCUGACCUGGAGGGGCUCUUUCGCCGCCAGGCGCCCCACAUGCCCAGUGGCUGCGAUCCCCAUGGAUCAGGAGCUGUGGAGAACGUCUUGGCUGCACGCCAGCAAGCGCGCCGCCUGCGCUGGGCGCGUCCCCCGCCCGCAGCCCGGCUCAGGGUCACGCGGGAGAGGAUGAGGAGGCAGACACGUGCCUGGGAGGUGCUGAGAGACGCCGGCCUGUCCACCCUCAUGCUGCUUCUGCAUCUGUGUGUGACCCACGGGGAGGCCCCCUGGGAGGAACGCGCUCUCCACCGUGCCAUCCGGGAUGCCUUCACCAGCAAGCCCACUUGUCAGCUCCCACCCCGUGCAGGGCAGUUUGUGCCAGCAGGGGGCGCUGUGUGCACAACCAAGCCACCACGUGGUGCUCAUGCAGGUGCGCUCAGUGAGCGUUGGCAGAGGAGCACCCGAGGGCUGAAUGUGCCGUUCUGCCCUCCCGCCGGCCUCCCGGGAGCCAGGAGUGGCACCUGUGUCGGCCCUCACACUGCAGACUGCCUGAAAUUCCUCCUAGAGGAAGUGACAUGCUCUUUCUGUUCUCGGCUAAGAAGCACCAGAAGCUCCGUGGGCGUGGGCGGCCUGAGCAGUGUGGACGCCUGGUGGACCUGGAGCCUGAGCACACUGCUGGAUGGCCUGUACCUGGAGAGCAGGCCCGCCGCCACGGGCACGCGGGGCAAGCAGGUGGGCUUCCCUCUGCUCCUGACCACCCGCCGUGGGGCGGGACCAUCAACAGCGCAUCCCCUUCCUUCCCUCCGCCCCCUCCCCACCCCCUCACUGCCAGCUUCCCCAGAUCCCUGCAUGUGCUGGGGGAGGGUGGGGCUGGGUACAGGGCAUGGCCCAUGCACAGAGCCUCCCGGUGCUCUCGGGGGCAAGUGCUACCUGCUGGGCCCGCCCGUACUCCGACAGCUCAAGGCUCCUCCUGGGAGUCCGUGCGAGCUUCCUGGGCCACUCUCAGCACUCACUGAAGACCCACUGCCUGCGUGUCACCCCAAAACCCUCUCCAUGACCGAUGUACAGGUCCAGAGAGUGGCCCCAAGUGCCCCCGAGGCCUGCGGGGAGGGGUGUGAGCUCACCCUGGGCAGGACCAGGCCAGCCGCCCUCGCAGCCCUGACUGGCCUCCGGGCCCGGCAGUGGAUCAACCGCAGCACCAGCACCGUGUCAGUGCGGUUCACCCUCUACAACCCCCCCACCCGCCUCUUCGCCAGCGUGUCCCUUAUUGCCAAGCUCAACCCGGCCGGGAGCCUUGCCCUGUCCACCUGGGUGGAGUCCGUCCCCAUCUUCCACAGCGACUCUACCCCCAGGUUCCGCCUCCUGCUUCCCCAGCUGGCCCUCCUGGCACUCACCCUGGCCCACCUGUGCCUCCAGCUGCACGGCCUGGCGGAGAAGGGCGUCCUCGGCUACUGGCGGCGGCCCGGGAACUGGCUGGAGGUGGCCCCUCUGUCCUGUCUUCAUGGGCUCACAGCCUCGGAAGUUGUGGUGGGAAGCUGCGGGCGCACCUGCUCCCCAGGCUCAAGGCCACACCAGUGCCUGGGCAGCACGGAUAUUGGUCAUUUGCCUGCUCCCAGGGCUCUCUGCACUUGGCAGCUGCCCAUCGCCGGAGCGGGCCUUGCCUGGUACGCAGCCUGUGGCCACCUGCUCUCCCUAAUGGCAGAAGCGACCAACCAGCUCCAGCAGGGGCUUCUGCCAGGGUCUGUGGACCUCAGUCUCGUGGCCUCAUGGGCUCAGAGGGCGCGGUGGCUGCAGGGAGCCCUUUCCUUCUUCUUGGCCCUGAGGUGCCUCCGUCCGCUUGGCUGGCAGAGUGCCACGGCGUCCCGCUCCCUCUCAGGCGUCUUCGCACCAGCGCUGGCUGGGCUCCUGGUGCUGGCUGCCCACUCCCACCUGCGUGGAAUUCCACUCUUCACCUGGGCCCCACCAUCUGGCACCUCUGCGGACACCUUCCACAGGCUGCUGUUCGGUUUCUCAGGAAGUGGCCAAAAAGAAACCUCCCGGGGCCUCCCCGAGUCUGACCUGCGGGUGGCGUCCAGGUGCUGCGCGGCCCUCCUCACAGCAGGGACAGCUCUGUGGUUUAUGCUGCUGAGAGGUUCCCUUAGGGCUUUUACCCCCAAAAGAAAAUCUUUCCGAGGCCGGUCUCUUGUGACACUGGGAGACGUGACAGCCUACGCCUGGGAGCAGGCGAGCUCUGCGCUGGGGCUGGCGAGGCCGGUGCUGGAGGAGGAGGCAGGCCCGGCCGAGAGUCCCGCCUGCCUGCUGGACGAGUUAGCAGGCCUGCUGGAUGAACUCCUGCUGAGGGUCGAGGGCCUGGCCGACAGCCCCCAGCUCCCACCCAAAGAAUGGCAGGACGCACCCGUGGCUGGGGCAGAGGGCGGCCCCUUGGUGGCAGCUUCUGAUGGCCAAGUGAUUGGGGUGAGUGCAGGAAAAUGUACUUUUAUCAACGUUCUUCAUGUUUUAAGUCAGACCCCCAGCCCCUCCCGGGAAGAGUCCCCCACCAAGACAAGGCCCUGGUGUGGAAGGGACUGUCGGCACGAACGCACAAAUGCGGGGAGCGGUGGCCCCCAGUCAUGGCAGAGCAGGACGUGCAGGUCAGGCCUGGAAAUGACGCUGCAGACAGACCAGUGGCGACCAGAUGUUCCCUGCACAGAUGUGCACGCGGGAGAAGCGCCGUCUCCCAGGCCAGAGGCCGACGCCCGGGCGCUAGAGCAGAGAUGCAAGAAGUCACGUGAGGACUUGAGGACUCGAGGGUGGAGGCCAGAAGAGCACCGCACACAGGGACGCACUGUCACACAGCGCUGGAGUCCCCACGUCCCCUGGGGGGCUGCUGUUCUAGGCCCCCCACUUCUCAGACUCCUAGGCUGUGGCCUCAUCACCCCAAGUUUCACGUGGCACAUCCCUGCAGCAUCUCUCUGCCCAGGUGUCCCCUUUCCCACGGACACAGUGGCACUGGCUCAGUGCCCCUCCUCAUGACCUCGUCUGAGUCACAUCCUCUGGAAACCAGGUGACAGUCGCAGGUCUGGGGGCCGGCACUUCGGUGCCCUCGGGGGCUGCAGCCCCACACAUGACAGUCACAGUUACACGAUUGUGGAGAUGGAAGGCAGGAUUGUGCGGUGUUUAAAUUGUUCCAGUGUUUAGAGAAAUGUUGUUCCGCCCAUCAGACAAAAGUAAACCAAACACUCAGAAAAUGUCCCAAACCCUCUGUUUUUUGCUCUGUGUGGGGACGAGGUCAGGAAGGUCACCUGACCUGUGAAAGGCCCAGCACCCUGUGGAGGGCAAGUGUCUUUCCCCCAAACCUGUGGACGACGAGCUCACCAAUUCUGGAGGCCUGGGUGCUGCGGCACCAGUGGCCAGGACAGUGGCUGGGGACACGAAGACCAUGGGACAGACGGCCAUCCAGGGACAGACCCACGCACAGGGGCCCAGCUGGUUUUUGACAAAAGUGCAAAAGUAAUUGGAUAGAGGAAGAACAGUGUUUUGUUUUUAAUUGUUGAUGCUAUUACAGGCAUCUCCU